CAGUUGGCCGCGUUGAACGCGCCGGCGAACAACCCGAGGUUGUAGUCCGUGUCAUGGCCGACGGCGUGGGCGAUCAUGGGCAUGACGAGGUCGAAGAUUGUGUUUUGAGUGAUGCUGCACGCCACCACGAUCGUCAUGUCGACGAUGACGAGGUGGCAAAAUGCCAUCACAAUCAAGAGGGUCUGGGGCACGAUCGGCGCCGUGACGACCCACUUGGCUCCAACUUUGCGCACGUGAGGAAGGGCAGAGUGGCGAGGAAGGCCAACCAGAAGAUCGUGUCUGUGACGCCCCCAGCGACGUGGGUGAACUCGUUUUGUUCAGGGGUGCAUGUCCAAGCGCGCCCGGCUUCCCGCACGGGUCGGCGUCCUACACGAACCGCGUCAUGACCAGCAUGUUCGCAAUCAGCAUUCCCAUGAACGGUUGCAUCGACAGAUGCUUGUCCAAACAAGAAACUGUACCCCGAGACUGCGAAUGACCUGGCGAUCGAGUGGCCUGCGCCAAUGCUGGCGGCCAGCAAAGUCGGCCAUGAUGAGGCCCACAGGGACUUGCGUGAAGUUUACCGCAAUGUUCCAUUCAGGUGUAGCAGGUGACCGCGAUCGUCCACGAGCGGCCCCCAGUUGUGGUAUCUCCCAUCGCUUCGCGAAUGGCCGACGCGUUCAUCAUGAUGGCCCAGCAGGACGCGAACGUCACGGCGCCCCAAAAGAGGAACGGGCGGCGGCGGCCCCACUUGCUCGUGCACGCAUCGGACAGGACCCCCGAUGGACGGGGCGACGAGGAAGCCAGACGUUGGCCCGAUUAGUUGCACAGCUUGGACGGCCGACGUGGACAAAAGAAUUUCAAGCAGCGGUCCGAGUGCCGCCCACUGCGCAGCCUAGGCCAUGUUCAUGGCCAUUUUGAGCGCACAAAGAAGAAACAUGAACACGAUCGAGCAGCUUUCGACGACGGGACGGUCGAUCGGUGCAAUGCCGAGCGCAACAUGAUCCAUCUUCAAGUGGUACGACGAAUUCCGCGGCGACUGGCGGCUCUUCUUUCGACAAGACAGAGCGCGCUGCCGUGAGUGUUACAAAAAUGAAACCCAGGUCCCAUGGGGCUGGAAAAUCCGG